UGCGUUACUAUUAAAGAUCUAUAGAUCUAUAUUUAAUGAAGGAAAUGGGUCUCCUUCGUUUUUGUACUUGUAUAAAUUUUUCUUUUAUCUCUGUUCUUGAUACCCCCCGCAGCCCGGCUGAACGAAAGGAUGCACCGGAAUGAUAUCCAAGAAAAUUAUGUGCCGGUGGCUUCCCCACCGUGGAAGCUGGAGUUUCGGUCGUCGAGGAGAUUUGUGAUCUCGGUGGUGUCGAUGGCUGUCUUUACGGAUAUUUUCAUCUAUGGCAUGAUCGUUCCAAUCCUGCCUGUGGUUCUGAAAACGCGGGUGGUUGUGCCUGAUGAUCAAUUACAGCAAUGGAUGUCUAUCAUGCUUGCCGCGUUUGGGGGUGCUAUCUUUGUUGGAUCUCCUAUAUUCGGCUAUUUUGCCGACAAGGGCACCUCGCGCCAGGUACCAUUCAUCUUCGGUCUACUCGCGUUAGGUGGUUCGACUAUCAUGUUCUGGAUUGCCCGGACACUCUCUUCGUUGGUCAUUGCGCGAGUCCUGCAGGGCUUGUCUGCGGCAGUCGUCUGGACGGUCGGCAUGGCUCUUGUUGUGGAUACGGUGGGAAAGGACCAGGUUGGAGCGGCUAUGGGAUAUGUCUCCAUGUCUAUGACAGUGGGAACUGUUUUUGGUCCUUUCAUCGGAGGGGUCGUGCUAUCGCGGAUAAGUUACGAUGCCGUAUUUACGAUCGCUGUCGGACUAGUCGUCCUGGAUAUCCUCCUUCGACUUAUCAUGAUCGAGCAAAAAACCGCCUUAAAAUGGACUCAGCCAGAGAUCGCUAAUGAAACAGAGGGGUUGCUUCGCAGGGCGGACGAAACUGGCAAUGGCGUGUACCAAGCCACCCGACAGGAUUGCUCUGAAGUAUCGAUCGAUCCCCGUCAUUCCGUUUGUUGGCCGGAGACCAGUGGCGAGCCAAUUGCGAGCGGAAGGACAUCUUCUAUGCCACCUAUCGUACGUUUGAUGUGCUCUAGCAGCGUGUUGCUCUUUUUUGGAGCGACUAUAGUCGAUGCCAUUUUGUGGUCUUCUUUCGACACCGUGCUUCCGCUUCAUGUGAUGGAGACAUUCAACUGGGAUCCCUUUUGGGUCGGAGUCUGUUUCCUGCCGUUGUUCGCGCCAUCCUUCUUUUCUCCUCUAGUCGGCGAUGCUGUUGACCGUUACGGAUCCCGAACAAUUGCGUUCCUUGGGUUCCUGCUGGAUUUCCCUACGUUUUUCCUCCUUCGGCUCAUCACACAUGACACGACACAAGACCAAGUUCUCCUUUAUAUAUUUCUAUUCAUCGCAGGUAUUGCAUCGACCCUUCAGAUGGUGUCCCUCAUGACGGAAGUCAGUCUGGUCGUUGAGCGACAUGAGAAGGAAUCGCCGGGAAUCUUUGGGAGUCAAGGAGGCAUGGGGCAAGCGUAUGGACUGUUCAAUGUCGCCUGGUCGGGUGGCCAGGUAUUGGGGCCAUUGAUCGCGGGGCUCCUGAGUGAUCGGGGUGGGUGGGUGACGAUGGUGAGCGUCUUUGGAACGAUGAGUGGCGUCACUGCCGUGGUUAUCGGCUUCUCAGAUAGAAAGGUUCUGGGGUGUUUCAGAAAACAAACAUAGCCUUGUGUUGGCUAAUUUUCGGUAUUUUGUCAUAUACGAACAAAUUUUUCUAUCAAUGAGGGUAUAAUGACAGUUCUUGAACUUGGUUUUCAACCAAUGCAGAUCGUGGUGGCGGCUUCUCGGGACGAAAGUAUAUACCCAGUAGACUUGCAUGAUACUAAUCACCAGCCGAUAAAGGCUCCCUUCAUCCAGGAACAAAACAAAGUUUCCCUGAAGAAUGCCAGAUCCUCACGUAAGGGGAAAAUGGAUACAUAGUGACUACGUAUAACUAAUGGCUGGUAUGUGUUUCCCAGGAGAUAACGGCGGGUUGUUGGAGAGAUGGCGGGAACAACGGUUGCAAGGGGGUGAAGGACCGCAAGGUUGGACGUUAGGAAGUCUCCUUGUAAGGAGGAAUUACUUCCAGGAAGUUACCUCCUUUGAAGACAAAGACCGGAGAAGUAAUGUCCCUUCAGAACAAUCAGAUUGUAGGCCAGCUUUUCUAGAUUCCUGUCCGCAGUGGAAGAAGUCAAGUCGUUGGAUUUACGAAAUGACCCAUCACAAACAUGCGGGGACUAAAG